AGACUGGUUGUCUUUGGAGGUUCUGGAUGGCAUCAGCCAGCUUUUGUCUAAAGAAAUCUAUGCACAUAUUUAGUGAUUUGUGUGAGGUUAUAAAGUCUUCAGAUGGAAUGUGCUCGAUAAGUGAAAGAGUUACUAAUAUUUCUGCAUUGUCAAUAUACUUUGUAAAUAUGCCCAGUUUUGUUAAUGGCAGUUGUAGAAGCUUUAAUUUCCUUUGUUAUAAAACUGUUAUUGAGGAAUAUUCUGUACAUGCUAUACUCCCUGAUCCCUGGAUGGGAUUUGAUACACAAAUAGAGUUGAAGAGAAAGAAUCAGAACACAGUGGCCUUCUUGAUGCAUCUUAGGAAGCAGACACUAGGGCACUAAAAUGACAGUGUUUUCUCGAGUUUUCUUCUGUGAGUUGUAAUAUGAAAGUUUCCAAAAUAAACUUCUGUUUUUCGCUUUCUGUUUUUCACUAAGAGCAGUGACUUCCUGUAAGUCUCCAGUUGUGCUUUCAAUAACAGUGAUUCUAAAUACAAUCUGUCUUGUCUUACUGUGGGUGUUUAUAACAGGAUACAUAUGAAGAUUGCAUGUUUAACUCUUUGGCUUCAAGGAGAGAAAACCAAAAAUCUUUUGCAUAUUUGAUUCUUCGUAAUAUUUGGACGUGGGAAACAGUGCUGCAAUGUGGUGGUUUCAGCAAGGCCUCUGUUUCUUGCCUUCGGCUUUGGUUGUUUGGUCAGCUGCUUCUUUCAUAUUUUCAUACAUUACUGCAGUUGUUCUACGUCACAUCGACCCUUUGGUGCCCUACAUCAGUGACACAGGGACAAUACCUCCUGAAAGAUGCUUAUUUGGGAUUAUGUUAAAUAUUUCCACUUUCUUAGGUAUUGCUACCGUGUAUGUUCGCUAUAAACAGGUUUAUGCUCUGAAUCCAAGGGAAUCCAAGAUCACCAGACUAAAUAAGGCUGGCUUUACACUCGGAGUGAUAAGCUGCUUUGGACUUUGCGUUAUUGCCAACUUCCAGAAAUAUCCUCUGGUUUAUAUGCAUGUAAUUGGAGCCUGUAUAACAUUUGGAAUAGGAGCCAUUUACAUACUGGUUCAGACUAUCCUUUCCUACACAAUGCAGCAAAAAAUCUUUUGGAUCCGAGUGACCGUGUUACUGUGGUGCGGAACAAGCAUAGCAAGCAUGUUUAUUUCCUCAGUUAUUUUAUACAGUGGCCUGUAUGGAACUAAUCUAGUACAGAAGCUGCACUGGGACCCACAUGAGAGUGGCUACAUAGUUCACAUCAUCAGCACAAUUUCAGAAUGGUCUCUGGCCUUUUCCUUCCUCAGCUUUUUCCUUACCUACAUCCGUGAUUUUCAGAAAAUUUCCUUGCGUGCUGAUGUCAGUUUAAGUGAUCACAACUUUUGCAAUACACCCAGUAACUUUGUGGCUGAUGAACGCACACUGUUGAUUUGAGAAUGUUUAUAACUAACUGGGAGAGUAAACACACUUUUACUGCUUCUAUAUCUCAAGAAUUUAGAAAGGAGCAAUAAUAUGGACAAUGUAUAUAAAUGUUUGUAUAAAAAAUUCCAUCCAAUUAAAGAAGUGACUAAAUUCAGUCACUUCGACAUAAAGGGCUUUGCAGUUAACACACUUAACAAUGCACUAAUCAGUAUUGUCAAUAACCUGUAAUACAUUUCUGAACUUACACAUUUUAUAAAAUGAAGAAUAAAAUGGACUUUGGAAAGUUGAAUGUCUCU